AUGGCGCUGGGGGAGGAAGCACCCCAGCCAUCGUUGGUCGGAGACGACGGGCUGAGGAAGAAAAUGUCCAAUCAAAGCACCGUGACCGAGUUCCUGCUCUUGGGGUUCUCGGACAUCCCGGAGCUGCAGGUUUUGCACUUUGUGGUGUUUCUAGUCAUGUACCUGGCAGCCCUGGUGGGGAACCUUCUCAUCAUCUCAGCCAUUGCCCUCGACCACCAUCUGCACACCCCCAUGUACUUCUUCCUGGGAAACCUGUCCAUCCUGGACCUUGGCUCCAUCUCCAUCACCGUCCCCAAAUCGAUGGCCAACUCCCUCCUGGGCACCAGGUCGAUUUCUUAUUCUGGAUGCUUCACCCAAGUCUUUUUCCUGCUCUUCUUCAUCGGAGGAGAUUUUUUCCUUCUCACUGUCAUGGCCUAUGACCGCUACGUCGCCAUCUGCCAGCCGCUGCACUAUCGGAGAGUGAUGACCAGGAGAUGCUGUGUCCACAUGGUGGCCAGUGCCUGGAUGACUGGUAUUCUCAAUUCUGCCCUGCAUACUGGCAGCACACUGGCGGUCUCCUUCUGCAAAGGCAACAGAGUGGAUCAGUUCUUCUGUGAAGUUCCCCAUCUCCUAAAAUCUUCAGAGCGGUGCUGA